AUGGACGAUCAAGUGGUGCCUAAUGACGCCUUUCUCGAAUCGCUGCAACAUCCCCAACUCAAUGAACGUGGGGUAACCGCAGAUGCCCCGGCUGCCCCAGCGGGGAGUUGGCCGAUUCCGACGGAGGACGACCUUUUCUUCGACUGGGACGCUCUCUACGGGGUGCAGGACCCAAAUUUCGGAUUCUUACCGAGCGAAAGGACAUCAUGGUCGUCGCAAACGCUCGACUUUACACAAACGCAGUUUGAGACACCCCCGAUCGUGAACCCAACCCCGCUCUCUGGAGCUGCAGUGGGAAGGGAUUGGGCGAUCAGUGAAUUUGAGCCAGCGAACCUCAACAACCCUGAACCUGAACCGCUGGAGCAAGUACAGGCGGAUACUAGGAGUACGCCGAUCGUGUUGCCGGGCUUCAACAAUGUUGCCGAGUGGUUAGAUGGGGCGUAUCGGCCUGCGAAACCCUGCGACCAUUGCCGCAGACAUCGGCUGCAGUGUUUGAUUCUGCGGCGGACAACGCAUAACCCGAAUCCGGUGCCGUCGUGCUCGAGUUGCGUUGGUUUGUUCCGUCCUUGUAGCUUUGGGCGCGGCGAGAAGCGCCAGCCGUCGGGGUUUGAGACGCUCUCGCCGGUCCUUGGGCAUCUGCAUGGUGUCAUUGAAGAGGGGGAUGGAAAUAGGGAUGGAGGCGAGGCGUCACGAGAACCGGGCUCGAAAGAGACGAAGCAGUUUGUCAGGAAAGGGGCGCGGGUACUACGGGACUGGUUCUAUCGCAAUGAGGACUUCCCGUAUCCGUCCGAGGAGGAGAAGGCUCGUCUUGCGGCGGAGACGGGGUUUUCGAGACAGAGGAUCUCGACUUGGUUUGCGAAUGCCCGGCGUCGGCAUAAGCAGCAGCGGCAGGCGAGGGCGUCGACUAAGGUAUUCCGCGCUGGAUCGCCGAUGCCGACGAGCGAUGUGGCUUCUUUGACUCCGAUGGAGCGAUGGCAGGCGUCGCCGCCAGAUGAGGAGCCCGUGUCUGAGGCUGUGAUUAGAGAGGCUAUUGCUACGUCUGCGGGGUCGGAUGCUUCUGGUCAUCAGAGCCAGGUGGAAUCGCCAGCGACGGAUAUUUCGUCUGGGUUGGAGGGGUCCUCGCUUGCAUCGUCGUUAUCAAGCUUCGGCAUCCUCGCAUCAGAUGCAUCUGAUAGUAGUUCGUCCGCUUGGAGUUAUCAAUCUGGAGAAGGACCUUUACGACCACGGCCAUAUCGCCGACCAUCAUCUGGACGACGAGGAGGACGGAAGCGCAUCGCAGAGGAUGGGCACUAUCAGUGCACCUUUUGCCUGCAAUCAUUCAAGAAGAAGCACGACUGGUCCAGACACGAGAAGAGCGUGCAUCUCCCGCUCGAUGUCUGGAUCUGCACGCCAAACCUUAGAGAACUAGAAGAUAACUUACCUCUCGCAGAAUGCAGGUUCUGCGACCACCAGACUCCUACCCCGGAGCACUGGGAAAGCCACGACUUCAGGGAAUGUGCGACCAAGCCUCUACCUGAACGUUCGUUUAGUCGAAAAGACUACCUCUGGCAGCAUUUGCGCAAGUUUCACGGAUGCACGCGAUACCCAGUGCCGAACCUUGAAGUGUGGAAAUCCUCACAAAGUGAAAUUCUCAGUCGCUGUGGUUUCUGUGCAGCGUCUUUACCCAGCUGGUCGGCGCGCGCAGACCACUUGGCGACGCAUUUCAAGGAAGGCUGUCGGAUGUCGCUGUGGGCGGGCGACUGGGGAUUUGAGGAUUCAGUCCUUGCAAACCUCAGGAAUGCCGUCUUGCCAGAGCAGCGCUAUAUGCUAACUAUGGCAUCAGUAUAA